UUUGACGGUUCGCAUCAUCCAUUCGAGUACGGGACGUCGUCAUCGUUGCAUCCUUUGUGUCUGUAGUGCGUGGUUUCGUCGAUUGCGAAUAAGAGUUUUCCUUCAUUUUCCCACAGGAUAUUUGUCUCCAGAUGGUGUAAUAAUUCGCGGGUUCCUUAGCUGAAGUUCGUCCGUCCCAAUUAGUUGAACUUGCAUCACAUAUUGCCUACCAUCAACCGCACACGCAAAGAGAAAAGUGAAAAGCCAGUAGAUUUUUAUUCCCACCAUUGCAUUUGAUGGCCGGGCGCCGAAUCUCGCAAUCACGUUAUGUGCUGUGUCCCGUCUGAAAAGCUCCAGCUCGUUAUCGCAUUACACAGUUUGCGGUGAUCUUGUUUUUCCACGGCGACGACGACGACUGUUUGUGUGAUCUUUUUGUAUUUCUUUAGUUUUCAGGUUUUGUAGCAGUGGAAACUGGUGCAGAAGAAGCAGUAGUCGAAGAAGUGAAAGUGUGUUACUGAGAGAUUAUUCCAAAGGGGUGCCGCUGGGAAAGUGCGUUCUAAAUGUAGGUUACAACAAGUGCAAGUGUCAAAGAAAAUCCCAGGAGCAGAAAGGGAAAGCUUUCAAUAAUCAAGCUUCGUGGGUUGGCUGUGGAGUGAAUUACGGUGAAGCGGAUCAAACACUUUCCGGAUCCGUACUGUACUGUCGUUCCGGUUGCUUAACGGUGGCGAAGAAGUGCAAUACGAGAAAGGCCGCAUCAUGAGCAGUACGGAACAUCCUCCGGGGGAUCUGAUCAAUGGCAGUACGAUCAACCCGAAGCCGACCAUUAUCGUGCAUUCUACGGGGGCAGCUGCGGCACUGGGAAUCGAUCCACUGAUCAGUCACGUUGGUGACGGUAUCUUUCUGCAGACCAAGACCGCCCAGGGAUUGGCCGGUAUUUUCGUGUGGAUCGCUUUGUUCAUCACGUGUCAACAGAUCUACCAGCACUUACGGUGGUACACAAACCCCCAGGAACAGCGAUGGAUCGUUCGGAUAUUGUUCAUUGUCCCCAUCUAUGCCACCUACUCGUGGAUUAGUUUACUAUUCUUCAACUCGGAAAGUGUCUACGUAUACUUCUUCACCGUGCGAGAUUGCUACGAAGCGUUCGUCAUCUACAACUUCCUGUCGUUGUGCUACGAAUACCUUGGCGGUGAGGGCAACAUCAUGUCCGAAAUCCGUGGCAAGCCCAUCAAAUCGUCCUGCCUCUAUGGGACGUGCUGUCUCGCCGGAAAGACGUACACCAUUGGGUUCUUGCGGUUCUGCAAACAGGCUACCCUGCAGUUCUGUCUGGUGAAACCGUUGAUGGCGUUUAUUAUCAUCUUUCUGCAAGCAUUCGGGCAUUAUCACGAUGGUGAUUGGAGUGCUGAUGGUGGCUACAUUUACAUCACCGUCAUCUACAACAUCUCGGUUUCGUUGGCCCUGUACGGACUGUACCUGUUCUACUUUGCCACCCGGGACCUGCUGACGCCGUUCGAUCCGGUGCUCAAGUUUUGCACGGUGAAAUCGGUUAUUUUCCUCUCGUUCUGGCAGGGCGUCGGGCUGGCCAUCCUGGAAAAGGCUGAAGUAAUCUCACCAAUCGUGGACGCUGGCGGUUCAACCACAUCGGCUGGUACGGUGUCCGCCGGUUAUCAAAACUUUUUCAUCUGUAUCGAAAUGCUGUUCGCUGCUAUUGCCCUGCGGUAUGCGUUCCCGUAUCAGGUGUACGCCCAAAGCUGCAUGACUGACGCGCACGGUAGAUCCGUGACGAUGCAAUCAAUAUCCAGCAGUUUAAAGGAAACGAUGAACCCGAAGGAUAUUAUGACGGACGCGAUACAUAACUUCCAUCCGCAGUACCAGCAGUAUACGCAGUACAGCUCAGGUGGCAAAAACUCACGCGGAAUACGGGUGUCGUCCUACGAUCCGGAUGAUCCGAGUCAUCAGUUAACGCAGGGUGGCGGAAAUGGCGGAUCGGGUGGUACCAACCAAGGAAGCGGAAGUAGAAGCAGCGGAAAUUACAGUACAGGCCAUAGUAACUACAUUGCACCGCCGACGUUGGGAAGUCAGCGGAAAUUUAUGCCGGGUGGUGGAGGUGGCUCUCAAAAGGUAGCAACCAUCAGCCAAAAUUAUAAUGAGAAAACGAUGCUGCUAAGUAGCGACGAUGAGUACCAGUAAAUAGAGAGCGUUUCCUAGACAAGUGUUUCCGUUCCCUUGCCAUUCCUUUGGGGUUGGUAGAGGAGAUUUUUUUCGGUUGAAUUAACCCUGGUGUAUAUGAAAAAAAUCAUGUUUAUCUAAUUUUGUGUAAAUGUUGUAGUUUUUUAAUGACAAAAACGCUUUCAUUCAAAGCCGAACUUAAAGUUUAGGGUAUUCAAACUAUUGCAAAUCAGACGAACAUAAGUGACAAUGAGCAGGCAGAGUAGUUAUUUAUAUAUGAAAAACAUAAAUGAUCAAUGACAGCGUGUGCAAAAAUGGUAAACGAUAAAACGUUGCUAUUGAAGUACACACAAUUGCAGGUAAUUUUAAAAUAUUGAAAAUUAUGAAAAUACAAAUCAAGUACUCACUAAAGGAAUGGUCCGGUUUAACGUUUAUAAUGACGUGAAUCAAACUAUAUUGUAUUUUUGUGUAUCAUAUUCAAUUAAAAAGGGGACUGUUCUCAACCGAAAUAAUAUACACAAGUAAAACUGAAAAUUGUACAAUACAACAUUGUUGUAUUGUAAAUCAGCAAACUUAAUCAGAUUUAGUAGUACACAGGAUGAAAGCUUUUUUAUUUCAAAACAAUAAGAAAAAGUGCUAAUUAUAGCUAAACAGUACAAUAUUCCUGCCAUUUUCAGACACCCAAUAGAAAAACGGCAUAGAACGACCAUGCACUGAAACUGAUAUAGAAAAUUUAUAGGAAUCAUGUUUGUUAUAUUUUCAAUAAAUCCCCAGAAAACGGUAAGAUUGGAUUAUAAGUUAAUCAGCAAUUUAUAGCAUUGAUAAGCUUCUAAUUUUACUUCUAUUAUUCGUCUGUUAUGUUAAUUUCCAAAGGUCACCCAAACUAAUAUUUUUGUUAAAUCUUCCCAUAAUUCCAAAUCGUGAAAGUCGAGUACUAUAUGCAUACAAUUAUUGUGCCAUCGAAGUCGAAGUACCAGCAAGUCUAACGUUAAGGAGUAAGCUUCCUGUUCAGGUGGCGUGUAUCACUUACUCGGUGUAUUUAAACAAAGCACUAGGCACACUGGUGUGUAAAGUUCUGUUUAACUAAAUAUAAAUUAGUAUGAUGACCUACGUCGGAUCCCUUCGAUGCUGUGGCAUUGUGUGUAAAAAAAGCAGAAAGCAAAUCAUUAUAUAGAAAAUCCUGCUUUUAGGGAGCCAGAAAAAA